AAAAGAAGGAAAGAGUGCACAUGUUUAUAAAGGUAUAUAAGCUAUAGAUUCCUAAAUGAGUGCACAUGUUUCAGAUCCACACCGGCACAGAAUUUAUAUAUUGAGUUAUAAUUAUGAACAAUCUUGAAGGCAAGGAUUUGGUAGCAUUGAGGGAAUCGAGCAGGACUGAUAGAGAUGACACUAAUAGAAUCACAGGGUCAAUACUUUUAUUUGAGGCCUCAAAGGAAGGAUCCGUAGCGACCUUGAAUGCCUUGAUAAAAAAUGAUCCCUUGAUCUUGACUAGAGUUUCACUCACCACUUUCACUGAAUCGCCUUUACACAUAUCAGCUGCGCUCAACCACCUCGAUUUCACUGUAGAGCUUCUGAAGCUGAAGCCGCAGCUUGCUUCGGAGCUGGACUCCUUAAGACGCUCACCUCUUCACUUGGCUGCCGCCGAGGGGCACAUGGAGAUAGCCCGAGCCUUGUUGCGUGCAAAUAAAGAUGUUUGCUUUGUUAAAGACCAACAUGGAAGAAUCCCUCUCCACUAUGCUGCCAUGAGAGGUCGCGUGGAUGUGAUUCAACUUCUGGUUGAUGCCCAAAGUAAGUCGGUUUUUGAGGAGCUUCCCAGUGGAGAAACGGCUCUACAUUUAUGCGUUCGGUAUAACCACUUGGAGGCUCUGAGACUGUUGGUGGAAGCCUCGGGUCGUGACUCUGACAACGCCAUGUUCCUCAACGCCAAAGAGCAUGAAACUGGGAACACUGUUUUGCAUUUAGCAGUCACGCUGGAGCAAUCUGAGACUGUAGAGUACUUGCUUUCGAUCAAUGGGUUGGAAAAAGACAGCGUGAACAACGAAGGUCAUAAAGUCUCUGACCUCGUUGAUGUUCGAGCAACAGAUUUCAACACAGUCAAAAUCCAACAUAUGUUGGGUGUGAAGUUGCCCAAAAAAUCAUUUAUAAGCCGGUGCUUCCAUCUGAUUCUUAAGCGCUUAAAGAGUAAAAGGCCGAAAGAUGUAGAAGGAUCAAUCAUGGUGGUGGCCACCUUGAUCGUGUCAAUGACAUUUCAGACCACAAUUAACCCUCCAGGCGGAGUCUGGCAACAAACGUACAACACAACCAAUGGCAUUGGAAAUCGUUUUGAUUGCCAAAAUCGUACAUGUUUAGCGGGAACCUCGGUACUAGCACAUAUGGACCACGGCAGGUAUUUUUUAUUCUUAUGGCUCAACAGCAUGGCAUUCCUGACUUCAGUCAGUAUCCUACUUCUGAUUAUGGUGGGAGUACCUAUCAAGAAUAAGGUCUGCAUCGGGCUCUUUAAUUUGGUCUUGUGUGUCACCUUGGCAUUUGUGGGUCUCUCUUUCUUCUUAGCCAUGACAAUGGUGAAUCCCGCUCAUAUUUAUAAAUACUGUGGCUCUUUAUUCCUAUUUGUUUUGGUUUGGUGUGGGAUAUUUCUGCUUUGGGGGGCGUGGUUCACAAUUCGCUUAGUUCUUAGGAUACUAAAAUGUUUGCACGACGGCAAAAACUUCAUCAGUCGUAAAUGCUAGGCAUGGUUUGGUAGUUCUUGUGCAUGAUUAAGUUCAAAUAUAUAUUAGAAAGAAUAAGGUGUCUAAUACCACUUUGGUAGUGAUUGGUGUAAUUAAAUAUUAAUACGAGACUUGAGUCAUGUUAAAGAUUAUUGAGCACUAUUAGUGUCAUCAAUACGUUUUUUUUUCUUCAUUUAAUCUUUCUGUCCCUUGAAUGUUGUAACUUCAUGCAUGAGACGUACUUUUCUCAAAUUUACUAUUGGUUCUCUUGUA